UUGGACGGGGCGCUCCUCCCGAAGCCCGUCAUCCCCCACCACCACCUCCGCACACCCCGACCCCUCGCUUCUCCCCUCUUCUGCCUCAACCCCCAAACACUAACAGCCCACCACCGUCCCCGACGAGGAGGCCGAGGGUGGCUUAAGUCCAAGAGAGCGCGUGAGGCCCAGCGGCGGACCAUGAAGACGCUGUGCCCCAAGCCCGGCAAGGGCGGCAAGAUCCACCCGUCGCCCGCCGAGGACCCCAUCGCGGCGGCGUUCCGCCUCCUCCCGGCCGCCACCCUCGUCCUCGUCGCCGGGCUGACCCCCGAGGACCAGCGGGUGCUGGCCCACCUGGUGACGCGCUCGUUCCUGGUGGGCUGGGACGCCGCCACGGCGCCGCCCUCGGAGCAGGCGUGCCGCGGCGGGCGGCGCCGGCGCGGCCACCCGCCGACCGUCGGGUGCCUGUGCUUCGAGUGCUACGGCAGCUUCUGGACGCGGUGGGGCUGCUCCCCGCAGCACGACCGCAUCCACGCCGCCCUGGAGGCCUUCGAGGAGCACCUCAACGCCGCCGAGUCCGCCGCCGCCGCCGCCCCUCCCUCCUCCAAGCGCCGCGACAAGGGCAAGCGCGGCAGAGCAGCUGCCGCCGCCGCCGCUCCACCCCCGCCGUCCCCUCCGCCGCAGCCGCCGAUUCGGAGCCGCCCCAAGUCGCCGGAGCCCCCGGCCGUGGCGGAGGUCGUCCCGGAGCCUGCGUCCCCGCCCCCUCCUCCCACGCUGCUCCCGGUUCCAGCGGCGUGUCCCUACGAGAACAAGGAGAAUGUCCCGGAAGUCCCUGCGGAGGCCACGGCGGAGGAAUGCGGCGGCGAGGUGGAGGCGGAGGCGGAGGCGGAGGCCGAUGAGGAGAGGAAGCGCGGGUGGGCGGACGUGAUGGGCGGGGUGCUGAACCUGCGCCGCUGGUGGAUUUGGAGCCCCGCCGUGGAGAGCGCCACCUAGAGGAAGCUGCCGCCCGAGGGCAUUCCUGUGGAUGCCGGGCGUUCUUUUGGGGAAAAACCGGGCUGCGUAAACAGCAGCAGAGCCAUAGAUAAAAGAAGCGCUGAUUGUAGUAUGGGGUAACAUUGCAACCAGCGAUGAUGCAACUGCAACUGAACGGGAUGAACAUCAUUUGGUGCUUGAUGAUGGUGUGAAUUCUGCUCGUCUUGCAUGGUAACUUCUUGCUGUGUUCAAAGCUUCCUUGCUCGCUUGCCUUCCUGUCCCUGAUCCUGCGUUCCUGCUGGAGGCGGGUUGCAGCCUCGCAGGAGAAGCCUCUUCCUUUUGUGAUGUAAUUUGGGCGGGUGGUUUUCUGAUGCUCGAUCAUGUGCAGUAGUAUUCUCUAGUCAAUGCAGUGUUCGAUUUCGACAU